UUUGAUUCUUCUCUGUUAUUCGAUUUAAGACUUUCUCCAAUGGAGACUGAAGGGAUUGGGUUUGAGAAAAAGGUUUUAGAGAUUAUGAGGAUCAGAAAGAGAUCAAAGGUGGCAGAGAAAAGCUGGGAUGAGUCAAAGAAGAUGUGGCACAUAGCAGGGCCUGCAAUUCUUACUGCAGUUACUCAAUUCUCUAUUGGAUUUGUUACGGUUGCGUUCGUCGGCCAUCUCGGGCAAGUCGAGCUUGCUGCUGUCUCUGUUGUUCAGAAUGUCAUUGAAGGCUUUGUAUAUGGGGUCAUGCUAGGAAUGGGAAGUGCUCUAGAGACACUUUGCGGUCAAGCUGUUGGUGCCGGACAAAUUAACAUGCUUGGCGUUUAUCUUCAAAGAUCAUGGAUCAUAACUGGAGUCUCAGCAUUAGUUCUGACCCCUCUUUAUGUUUAUGCAUCACCCAUAUUAAAGCUACUUCAUCAGAGUAACAACAUAUCAGAGCUUGCAGGCAAAUACUCGAUAUGGGUGAUCCCUCAAUUAUUCGCUCUUGCCUUCAACUUCCCUAUACAGAAGUUCUUCCAAUCUCAGGGUCGAGUGUGGGCCAUGACCAUUAUUUCCAUGGUUGCUUUGGCAGUUCAUGUCUUACUGAACUGGGUUCUCGUGACAAAACUUGGCCGUGGAAUGGCAGGGGCUGCCAUAGCUGGAAACAUUUCAUGGUGGUUGAUUGUUUUGGCUCAGAUAGUAUAUGUGGUUUCUGGGUACUUUCCAGAUGCAUGGACUGGCUUUUCCUUCUCUGCAUUCCAACGCUUGGCUUCCUUUGUGAAACUGUCGCUAGCUUCAGCUAUAAUGCUAUGCUUGGAGCUCUGGUAUUACACAGCAAUUAUCCUUCUGGUUGGCAGCUUAAAAAAUCCAGAAAUUGCAGUAGAUGCUGUUUCUAUCUGCAUGAACUUGCAACAAUGGACAUUGAUGAUUGCUCUGGGAUUCAAUGCUGCUGUCAGUGUGCGAAUCUCCAACGAACUUGGAGCACAACACCCAAGAGCUGCAAAAUUCUCAGUAGUUGUAGCUGUAACAACAUCAGCAUCAUUUGGAAUUCUUUUUACAGCUACCAUUCUGGCCACCAGGAGAAACUUCCCCCAAUUGUUCACAGAAAACCCUGAGGUCAUAAGGGAGACCUCCAUGCUUGCAUACCCUCUAGCAGCAACCAUUCUCCUUAACAGUAUCCAACCUGUUCUCCAUGGGGUUGCAGUAGGUGCAGGUUGGCAGUCAUUAAUGGCCUUCAUAAACAUUGGGUGCUACUACAUUUUUGGGCUUCCUGUUGGUGCUUUACUGGGUUACAAGUUCAAUUUGGGGGUUCAGGGCAUAUGGUUAGGGAUGUUAGCGGGCUGUCUUCUUCAAACAGUUAUUUUGUUGUUCAUCAUGUUUCGAACCAACUGGGAUAAAGAGGCUUUGCAAGUUAAGGAGCAUGUCCGAGCAUGGGGUGGCCCAUCAGAACCUCGAGAAAGCUGAUAAGAGUCAUCAAGGGAGGAUAAAAUCCCAGAAAGUUGACAGGAAUGCAUGGAGAACUAGU